AUGAGAACGGUUUCAGAGGAAAGGGAUGAAGACCAUGUGGGAGAUGAGGCCGAGGAGGGGGAUGAAGCUGAUGUGAGGGAUGAAGAUGAAGAGGGGCAAGAAGCUGAGGAGGGGGAUGAAUCAGAGGAGGGGCAUGAAGCUGAGGAUCAUGAUGGGGAGGAGGAUGCUGACAUCCCUGUUGUCGCUGAUGCUGAGGAUUAUAGUGAGUAUGGAAAGGUUAAAGACGAGGAUGAGGAAGAAGAUGAUGAAAUCUUUUUUGAUGAUUACAAAGGGGCAUAUGGUUGUGAAGGAGAAGGAUCAUCUGUAGACAGAAUCUAUGUCAACAAGAGUUUUGCUAGUAAGGAUGCACUGCUUUCAGAGUUGCGGUUGACAGCGGUGAGGCAGCAUUGUUAUAUGCGCAAGAAAUGGUGA